AUGAGCCACCCGCGCGCCGCCGCGGCCGAGUGGGCUGACGGCGGCCGCGACCUGGGGGCGCCGGAGCCGCUGCUGGGGCCGGAGCCGCCGGGCUGCGGCUUUGCCCCGGGUUGGCUGGGCGUGUGCUGCGCGGCACGCGUGCCCGCCGCCUCGCCCCGCUACCUGCUGCCCGGAGAGGACGAGGAGGAGGCGGUGGCGGGGGGCGCGGCGCGGCGGCGGGGCGGCGGCGAGAGCAGCCCCGGCGGGACGCGAGGCGCGGCGGCGGGCGGCGGGCGGCCGCGGGGCCCCGGCGGGGCCGGCCUGCGGGCGCAGGUGAGCGGCGUGCAGAAGCAGCGGCGGCUGGCAGCCAACGCGCGGGAGCGGCGGCGGAUGCACGGGCUGAACCACGCCUUCGACCAGCUGCGCAAUGUCAUCCCCUCCUUCAACAACGACAAGAAGCUGUCCAAGUACGAGACGCUGCAGAUGGCGCAGAUCUACAUCAGCGCCCUGGCCGAGCUGCUGCACAGUCCCGCCGCGCCCCCCGAGCCCUCGGGCAAGGCCGAGCACCGCGGGGCCCCCUUCGAGCCGCCCUGCGCGGCCACCGCCGGGCCGCCACCGGGGCCGCCGCCGCCGGGGCCGCCGAGAGCCUCGCCGCCUGGGCACGGCAGGACUCGCUUCCCCCCGCCACCGGCCGCGGGGGGUUACUCGGUGCAACUCGACCCGCUGCACUUCCCCUCCUUCCAGGAGAGCGCCCUGAUGGGACAGAGAGCCCCUUCCCCCGCCCUCCUCAUGCAGCAGCCCGUGCAGCAGCAGGAGAGGAGCAAAACGUCGCCCCGGUCCCACAGGAGCGACGGGGAGUUCUCACCCCGCUCCCACUACAGUGACUCCGACGAGGCCAGCUAG